AUGCAAGCAGACGAAGAUAACUCCAAAAAGGAGUUUGACUGGUUUGAAGACACUGCUGAGUUUGGCUUUGAAGAUGUCGAAGAACAUCCGGCCGAAACUAAGUGGGCAAAAAGCAUCUACAAGAAACUAACGCCCUUUUCAAUGGGAGUCAUUGGAGUUUCCCUCUUUAUCACCGGAAUUCUGUACUUUAUCCCCCGGCAUCUUAUUUAUGUCAAGGGAUACUCCUUGAUGCAUGUUUGCUUUGUCGCAGCCUUCCUGGCCUUCAUAUUUCUGAUGGCCAAACUGCUAGUUCAUGUGGUGUUUGUGAUUAUCAAAGAUAACAUUUCCAACAACAAAGUCUUCCAUAGCAAGCGUGUUAAGUUAGAAGUCACCUGCGGUAUCUGGAUCUUUUCCUUUAUUCCAAUAGGGAUAUACCUCAAUUCGCGGGUGCCCUGGGCCCGCGCUCUUUUGGACAAACUCUUUGCAUGCGGCAUCAUUUCUCUUCUCAUCAUCAUCUGUAAGAACAUCUUCAUGGAAAUGUUCCGUACAUACUUCCUAGCUAGUGCUCUUAAGAAGAAGUCUAAAGACGUUGAAAUCAAAGAGCGUAUUAUUAACUCAAUGCGCGAUUUCUGCUACGAUGAAACGGGUGAAACUUCCGAUGACAAACUCAUUUCCUGUUUCCUAGUCAAUUGCUUUGAAGAUGAAGACGACGACCCCAAUAACAACCUCGGCAUGGAAUUUGUCAAAGGCGACAUGGACAAUAUCAUUGGCGACCUCUUUACUACCUCGAUCUUCCAAAAGAAACAACUUUCCCAGCACGAAAUCUUCUGUCUGGCUCGUGAUACCUUCCUCAAGUGCAGCAAAGAUGGCGAGUAUAUCACCUUCAACAGCUUUUGCGAAAUAUUCCCCAACGCCCAAACAGCUGUCCAGGCUUUCCUCUAUUUUGAUACGGACAACGCCAAAAAGAUAUCCAAGAAAGACAUUCGCGACACACUAGCUAUGUUCCAUUACGACCGCAAGAAUCUCCAAACUACCUUUGAAAACCUCAACCGAUUUGUCAAACUCCUAGAUAAUCUAGCCACCAUUGUCGUCUGUAUUCCCCUUCUCUUCCUCUACCUUAUUGUACUUGGCCUUCCCAUUCGCCAACUAGCCGCCCUUGGGCUGAGCAGUGCGGUAGUGCUUAAUUUCCUAAUCAGCAGUGUUAUCAAAGACUUCUACUGGAAUGCAUCCUUUAUUCUUACCCAUCCCUUUGACAUUGGUGACGAAGUCAUUAUUGAUGGCAAAGACUACACCAUCUACGGCUCCAGUCUUUACAAAACCGAAGUCCUCAGUAAUAACGGCGGCAAAAUAUCCUUUCUCAACAAAGUACUCGGCACCAAGAACAUCGUCAAUAUGACCCGAGCACCCCAAAAACUCAUCCAUGUUAAUUUCCAACUCACUCCCCAAACCACACCCGAAAAGUUCAAAGAGCUCAAAAGAGGUCUACUCGUUUAUUUACGUUCCAAAAGCGAGAUCUUCUACGAAACAUUUACCAUUCAGUCCGAGUCCGAAGCUUCCUGUAAACUCGAAGGUCAUAAUUGUGUCCUUAUUGUUCGUUAUAAGUCCAUCAACAACCGCAUGGCCAAACUUGAAGUCAAACUAGAUCUUGUUCGAUUCCUCAAAGACAUUCUCCAAAACCACCACACUCCUCCACCAACCUCAGAGGACCCAGAACCAGCACCCGCCAAAUAA